AUGGGGCUUCAGAGUCCAGAGUAUCAAGGGAGAACAGAGUUCUUGAAGGAGAAUAUCACCAAAGGGCAGGUGGCCCUGAAGAUUGAUCACGUUCACCUUUCAGAUGAAGGGGAGUAUAGCUGUUUCUUUGCAAGCUCCACCCACUUCAAUGAAGCACAGUUCCAACUGAUGGUAACAGUCACAGGUAAAAUACCACAUAUUCACAUUGAACAUAGUAAAACUGGAGGAUUUAAGCUGACCUGCACUUCCACAGGAUGGUACCCAAAGCCUGAAAUGGAAUGGAGGGAUUUGCAGCAACAGAAUUUAUCACCAACCUCUGAGGCAAAGAUAACAGAAGAAAAUGGUUUAUUUCAUGUGCAAACAUCUGUUACAGUGGAUGAAAGCUCAAAAGGAAAUGUGUCAUGUUUCAUAAGAAACCCAUUACUCCAUGUGGUGAAAGAAGCUCACAUUGCUUUGUCAGAGCAAGCCAAUAGAGAACUUGACCAACUUGCAAAAGAAUAUGACCAAGUUAGAAAAGAAAAUGAUCAAAUCAGAAAUGAAUAUGACAAAGUCAGAAAAGAACUUGAACAAGUUAGAAAUAAAGAUGAAAAAAAUGGUAAAGGACUUGACAAUAUAAACAUAGAACACGGUCAGAACCCUUCCGCUUAUAAUAAUCAUCACUCUAAUCAUCACUCCACCGCACAGAGCAAGUCAUAUCAGACACAAAACAACGGAUACUGCCUUAUUUCAUAG